UACAUAACCAAAUAGGUGUCAUUGCGGGUGUGCAGGUGUCCGAUAUUUUUGUCUUUGUAUAAUUUCUAAUUUUUUUUAAAUUUAAUUAAAUUACUUUUUGUUUCCUCAGCGCAGUUAUGAGUGAUAAAAUAGAUAAAAAUCAAUAUGUCUUGCCCCAAGAUCAACCAGUGGUAGUUUUAGAAUCAAGAGCUGCAUUUUCCGGAUUAACUAAUAAAGAAAGACUGUAUGCACAUUAUUUAAGUGAGGCAGCUUGGGUCGGGGGAUUGAUUACUCUAUUACAGACUAGCUCAGAGUCUGGACCUAUUUUUGUUUUGUUACAUCAACUAUUUUAUGGUGACAAACCAUCUGAAUUGAAAACUAAAGCACUACAAGCAGGAUUUAGUCAAGAAGAAGUUACUGCUUUAUUAGUCUAUACCUGUGGCAUAUUUAGCAAUGCUGGAAAUUAUAAAGGAUUUGGUGACACAAAAUUUGUACCAAAUAUUAAUGAAGAGCGUUUUGAAGGCAUUUUAAAAUUAAGUAAGCAAUGGAGUCAUAUAGAAAGUUUAUGGAAUGAGUACAAGUCUCAAAUCUUUGAAUUAAAGAAAGGUAGAACAUGUCUUGGUUUUCCACCCCAAGGAUGUACUACAUAUUUAUCUGCUAAUUGUGGGCCUGAAGACAAUAAAAAGGUUGAAAACUGGUUAAAGAAGCAUCAGUUAGAGCCAUAUAAUUCUCGAUGUUUUAAAACUGAAAAUAAUGGAAAGAUUGAGUACAAUGUUCGAUUAGCAGCACAAGAAAUUGGUGAGUUGAUUAAAGAAACAGAAGGAGAAUGUACAUACAAACUGACUAAAGGAGAUUAUUCCCCCUUGAUGGGAAAAGUUGCUGAAUAUUUAGAACAAGCAAUUCCUCAUGUUGCAAAUGUCACUGAGGCUGAUAUGCUUAAAGCAUACAUAAGAUCAUUUGUAACUGGAAGUCUUCAAGAUCAUAAAGAUGGCUCAAGAUUUUGGAUAAAAAAUAAGGGUCCUGCUGUAGAGACAUACAUUGGUUUUAUUGAGACUUACAGAGACCCAGCAGGUGUUAGGGGAGAAUUUGAAGGUUUUGUUGCAGCUGUAAACCGCGAAAUGUCAGCAAAAUUCAGUACUCUUGUAGCAAAUGCAGAAGAUAUGUUGAAACUUUUACCGUGGCCACGAGAAUUUGAAAAAGAUACAUUUCUUAGACCUGAUUUCACAUCUUUAGAUGUUCUAGCAUUUGCAGGAAGUGGAAUACCUGCCGGAAUUAACAUACCCAAUUAUGACGAAAUACGACAAUCGGAAGGAUUUAAAAAUGUUUCUUUAGGAAACGUUAUACCAGCAAGUUAUCAAAGUACCCAAACACCUUUUUUAAGCGAAUCUGACGCGGGAAUGCUACAAAAAUAUAGAGUGUCGUCUUUUGAACUUCAGGUAAUUUGGCUUAAGCUUUUAUGA